AGGGACAUGGUGUGCGGUGCCCUCUUUGUGCCCGUCCUGCAGCUGUCAGGAUUUAUUAUUGCUCCCACUGUGGGGAUGUUGGCAAUGUGUGACACAGGCUUCGGGACACGCUCCUGCCUGUGGCUGCCCUGGAGAGAAGAGACCAGGCAGAUAAGGACAUUGCUGUUUGAGCACCAUCUUCGGAAAGCUGCAAGAGAUUCAGGCAGGCUUGUGUUUCUCUGUCCCAGGGUUUGUGACUUAGUAUGGAUUUGACAUCAUCACAACAUAAUUAUCUACAAAAUGAACUGGGGCUACUGACAGCUUUUCUUCUUCAGCACUUUCAUGGCUGCACAUCUUUUAAGAUCCUAAAGUAUUGGGAAAAAGAGGAUGAACAGAUAGUUGCAGAAAUCAUGAGGAGGCGUUUUUUUCCUGCUGUUAUAACUCAUGAGACCUGGGAGGGCUUUCACUUUGCUGGCCAUGAGAUAAGAAUUACAGAAGCCACUGAUUGUUAUGGGGCAGUCGUCUGGCCAUCGGCUCUUGUUCUGUGUUAUUUUUUGGAAACUAAUUCUAAACAAUACAAUUUGGUUGACAAAAAUGUGAUUGAAAUUGGAGCUGGAACUGGGUUGGUCUCCAUAGUAGCCAGCUUACUGGGUGCCUUUGUGACUGCCACAGAUUUGCCAGAAUUACUGGGAAACCUUCGGCACAACGUUCUCCGUAAUACAAAGCUGAAAAGCAAGCACCAGCCUUGUGUUAAGGAAUUGUCUUGGGGAAUUGAUCUGGAAAAGAACUUUCCUAGGUCUUCCUGUCAUUUUGACUACAUUAUGGCUGCUGAUGUAGUUUACCACCAUCCGUUCCUGGAUGAACUCCUCCUAACUUUUGAUCACUUGUGCAAGAAUGAUACUGUUAUUCUGUGGGCAAUGAAAUUUAGGUUGGAGAAAGAGAACAAAUUUGUGGACAGAUUUCAGACCCUGUUUGACUUAGAGAUGAUUUCUAAUUUCCCCAGUUUGAACAUAACCUUGUAUAAAGCAAUGAGGAAAGACAGCAUGAAAGCCAGCCUUCCAAACUGAUGGUCUGAAAGUGAGAUAUAGGAAGGUGACAGUUUCAGCUGUUCUGUAGCUUGUUCUCUUUUUAGUAAUUUCCAUGUUAGUAGCUGCUAACAUCUACGUGAAUCACAGUUUUAGAGGUAGCUAAAACAAAGCAUCUGAUUCCUAGUGCCUCCCUAAUAAAUUGCUAAAUUCAAUUUGCUGAUAGUUUUAUACACAGAAGAGAUGUACUUUUGACAUUUUCUUGACUUUUAUGUGCUAAGAUGACAGCUCUAAUAAGUUUCGCUGGUCUUACCACUAUUGUUAUGGGUCAUGUAAUGAAUAUUUCCAAAAGCUUUCAGUUACAGCUUUGAGUGAUGUCUUAUAUGAUCAACCAAUCAUUUAAAACUCAAGACUGUCAUGAAUCUUUGCAUUUAAAAGUUGAGGUGUUAAAUAUGAUCUUUCCCCAUUCUCACUAUCAUGUUAAUCCUUCCUUAGAACACCCUUAAUAGGAUGUUAAAUUAGUCGAAAAAACCCCUUACUACCUAUAUUGUCAUAAUACAGGGGUAGAAUAUAUUAGUUACCCUUUGAUUUAAUAAUUAUGCUUUCAUUUUUU